UCCUCGAAACAACGUUGUGGUUUAUCGGAGAGGUAUGUCGGAAACAGGAGCGACGGCGAUUCUGAAGGAGGAGGUGGACAUAGUUAUCCCCACAAUAAGGAACCUGGAGUUCUUGGAGAAGUGGAGAGCGUUCUUUCAGCCUUACCACCUCAUAAUAGUGCAGGACGGUGACCCUUCUAAGGGCAUCAAGGUCCCCGAAGGCUUCGACUACGAACUCUACAACCGUAACGACAUCAACCGCAUUCUGGGCUCCAAGAGCCAUUGCAUUUCCUUCAAGGACUCUGCAUGCCGUUGCUUCGGCUUCUUGCUCUCCAAGAAGAAGUACAUCUUCACCAUCGACGAUGAUUGCUUUGUCAGUAUCACACUUUUUCUUAGAUUUCGUCAUAGUCAUGGAAUGAGGGUCAGAUUCCAGUUUUAUAUUGUUUCUAUUCUUUCUCUCCUUUUUCAGGUUGCAAAAGAUCCAUCUGGGAAAGAAAUUAACGCCCUUGAACAGCAUCUGAAGAACCUUCUGACUCCAUCAACCCCGUUUUUUUUCAACACCCUCUACGAUCCGUUUAGAGAGGGUACAGAUUUUGUCCGUGGAUACCCGUUUAGUCUGCGUGAAGGUGUUCCUACAGCUGCUUCUCAUGGCCUCUGGCUCAACAUUCCUGAUUAUGAUGCCCCAACUCAGCUUGUCAAACCUCUGGAGAGGAACACCAGGUAUGUGGAUGCAGUAAUGACCAUACCAAAGGGAACCCUGUUUCCCAUGUGUGGAAUGAAUCUGGCAUUCAACCGUGAAUUAAUUGGUCCUGCAAUGUACUUUGGACUGAUGGGAGAUGGUCAACCUAUUGGACGCUAUGAGGCCAUGUGGGCUGGUUGGUGCAUGAAGGUGAUAAGUGAUCAUCUAGGAUUCGGCGUGAAGACAGGUUUGCCUUACGUGUGGCACAGCAAAGAGAGCAACCCAUUUGUAAACCUGAAGAAGGAGUACAAAGGAAUUUACUGGCAAGAAGAGCUGAUUCCAUUUUUCCAAUCUGUUUCUCUUCCCAAGGAAUGCACAACAGCUCAGAAAUGCUACGUUGAACUUUCGAAGCAAGUGAAGGCAAAACUUGGGAAGGUUGAUGAGUAUUUCAACAAGCUUGCAGAUAACAUGGUAACUUGGAUUGAAGCUUGGGAGGAGCUAAACCCUUCUGCUAUGGCACCAAAAUCUGAUGCAUUGCCCAAUGGCUCUGCCAAGUAGCUUCUUCAUCAUCACUAGGAUAUGCUUGUAGUCUUCUUUUUUCUUUUCUCUUUCCAUAUAGAACAAUAAACUUUCAUCACUGCCUCCUCAACAUAUAUAUUUUUUAAUGUUUUCUUCGUCACUUUGAAAUGUACCUUAUUACUAAAUUUUGAAGAGCAAUAACAU